ACUCAACAACAGAUACGACAAACAAACACUGUAAAACCUUGUACCUUCGUUUCUGUUUAUUUACUCUGUCACACUCAUUCGCUUUCUCACUCGUGUUGUUUUCUUUGUACCCUUCAAAUAUGAAGGUUGUGACGGUAAUUUGACACCGAGUAACCGAAAAAUAGGGACAAGAAGAGUAAGAACUAAGAAGAAAGAAAAUAACUAGUUGAUUCAGUUUUGCUUUUUCUAAUUCGUUACUUCCACGUUUCUUUGACUCUAUCAUGAGAAAUUCAACCGACUCUUUCUCCAUUGACAUGGAUUUGAUACCUUUGGGAGGAAAGGAAUGUAUAGUGAAAACAAGCAAAGGUUCUGUGUCUGUGCUUGUUUGUGGGGAUCGAGAUAAACCUGCUCUUAUAACCUACCCAGAUGUGGCUCUCAAUUAUGUGUCUUGUUUUCAGGGUUUGUUGUUUUGUCCAGAAGCAGCUUCUUUGAUGCUUCAUAACUUUUGUAUUUAUCACAUUGAUGCUCCAGGGCAUGAGUUGGGAGCUGAUGUGAUUUCUUCGGAUGAACCGUUGCUUUGUGUGGAUGACUUAGCUGAUCAGGUUGCAGAAGUGCUUGAUUUUUUCGGGCUAAGAGAGGUUAUGUGCUUGGGUGUAACAGCUGGUGCUUACAUCCUCACACUAUUUGCGAUGAAAUACAAAGAACGAGUGCUUGGACUGAUUCUCGUUUCACCAAUUUGUAAAGGACCUUCAUGGACUGAAUGGAUUUACAACAAGGUCUUGAUGAACUUAUUGUACUUCUAUGGUAUGUGCGGUUUACUGAAGGAAUGUCUCCUGCAACGUUACUUCAGUAAGGAGCUUAGAUGCAGUAUUGAGGGAUCAGAGUCAGAAGUAAUACUAACUUGCCGAAGACUUCUAGAUGAAAGGCAAAGUUUGAAUGUCAUGCGUUUUCUUCAAGCAGUUAAUGCAAGGCGUGACCUCAGUGAGGGACUAAAGAACUUGCAAUGCAAGACGCUUAUAUUUGCAGGAGAAAGUAGUCCAUUCCAUGCCGAGUCCAUCCACAUGAGUACAAAAAUGGACAGCAAAAUCUGUGCACUUGUUGAGGUUCAGGCUUGUGGCUCACUAGUAACAGAAGAACACCCAAACUCCAUGAUAGUACCGAUCGAGCGUUUCUUAAUGGGUUUUGGCUUCCAGAGACAACCACAUUUUACUUCCUCAUCAAGCAAUGGUUCAAGUCCAGCAAGCCCCUCUAAUCAUACAAUCAUGUCACCAGAACUCCUCUCCCAAGAGAGUUUAGGAAUUAAGCUAAAGCCUAUCAGAACCCGGUUCAUGUCGAAAACUAACAAAAGUCCCUUCUCAAUGUUCACAACCUCAUUUCAGUAUGUAGUAGUAAGCUUUCUUUCUACCACUGCACAUAAUAGUGUAGGUUAUAUAAUAUUCUUUGAUUGUUUUUAGCCCUAUAGUUGAUUAUAGGAUUAUUCUUUUUAAGAGUAUGGUUUUUGAGAUACAUAUCUCUCAAAACAUAGUCUAUAUUGAUUGUAGCUGCACCCUUGAGCCCUAUUUGUUUCUGUUAUUAAUCAUUGAACAAUUUAUUUAAUUUUAUAAA